UCUUUUCUUUUCUCAGAAACAGUCCCGAACACAUCGGUAUCAAUAAAAACUGCAGCUUGGUCGGUGUCCUGCUCAUUUCUGAUUGGCUGACUGAUGAGAAGCACACGGCUGAAGUUUGGACAGCAGCUCUGAAGAUGAAAAACUCAAAGAGUUUUCAGUUGGAUGAUUUUAUCGCAGGAUGGAUUGGCGGAGCGUCCAGUGUGGUCGUGGGCCAUCCGCUUGACACAGUGAAGACGCGGCUUCAGGCGGGAAAAGGCUACAGAAACACUCUACACUGCAUCCUCACCAUCUACAGGAAGGAAACGGUCUCCGGUUUCUUUAAAGGCAUGUCUUUCCCGUUGGCCACCAUCACCGUCUACAACUCAGUGGUGUUUGGCUUCUUCAGUAACACACAGAGACUUAUUAGCAAGUAUCGCUAUGGUGACGGGCGGCAUCCCUGUGGCAUGGUGGACCUGACUGUGGCCAGUAUGCUGACUGGACUGGUGUCAGUGGGUCUGGGAGCUCCGGUUGAUCUGGUCAAGAUCAGACUGCAAAUGCAGACGCAGAUGGUUGUAACAGAGAACCUGCAGCUUGCAGGCAACGUAUCGAAUGGCACCAGUAUCCCUCUGCGCUCCAUUGACAUGAACAGCCAGAGACUCUACCGAGGCCCCAUCCACUGCAUCAGCAGCAUCCUGCAGAGUGAGGGCCUGCAGGGCCUGUACAGAGGGGGCGGGGCCAUGCUUCUGAGGGACGUUCCUGGAUACGUGCUCUACUUCAUCCCCUACUCCAUCUUCUGUGAUCUGCUGAAGCCAGAUGCCACGUCAAGCCCGCAUCCUGGUUCCAUCUGGCUGGCUGGAGGACUGGCAGGGUCCAUUUCCUGGGUCACGGCCACGCCAGCUGAUGUAGUGAAGAGUCGAAUGCAGGCCGACGCUCAGCUGCAGAGGAAGUACAGAGGAAUCUUACACUGUAUCAUCCACAGCUACAGGACGGAGGGAGCACAGAUUUUCUUCCGUGGAGCGUCCGUCAACGCCAUCCGAGGCUUCCCAAUGAGCGCCACCAUGUUCCUGACCUACGAACUGUCCCUGCAGUUCUUCAGGAGUUUCUAGGACAGAGGAAACGCGUUGGGUGUAAAAGGAAUCGCACUCGGUUUUUUGGCUAAUGAGCAGUUCGUUUGAGACAAGAGGUUUUAGAAGCCGCGAGUCAGAACAUUUUGCUGUCAGGUGAUGAAAUACUUGAGCUUCUACUGACUUUCGUGCCUUACAAAGAGUGGUCAUUGAUUAUUAGGCAACUUUAUUCAUUACAACUAAACUCAAUGUGCUUUACAUAAAAAAAUCCAAUGAAAAUUAGGUAUAUGAAUACAGACCCUUAAUACCCCCCCCCCCCCCCCCCCCCCCCCCACACACACACACACACACACACACAAUGUUUAAAGGUCUGAGAAACACUGACCUAACAUUAGUUGUGUGUUUAUAACAUUGAUAUCAUUGGUCUGUUAGAUCAAUGCUUUAAACUAGUGCCUCAGUUUUUGGGAGUUUUUUUUUUUUGUUAAAUCAGAGUCAGGACACGAGAGUCAUCCAUGAGUUUCAGUGAGUGUAAAUACCUUCACUGCUCGCCUGUGUGCAACUAGUGUGCAAUAAAGUGUGGCGUCGGCUCAGAGGGAACUCAUUCAGCGGCCCCUUAUGGCAACAGCACAGUGAUUCUGUCUCCCAACAGUCUGUCACAGGUUACAGCCUGAUGAUCAAUGGUUUAUAUUUAUUGAUCCAGGGGACAUUUUUUAAAAUGUGAUUUAGUUGAACUAUUAAUAUUGUAACAGAACCUGAAUCUGACUCUGAGUCACUGUUGUUGUUCACAAACUAAAGAAAUGAUAUCAUCACCUUUCUUUAGUUUUUACUGAAUAUUUUAAGCAAACUGUGAAACCACGUCACUGAUUCUGUUCUGAAAUUGAUAAUUCAAUCAUUUUUUACUAAUUUCUCAAUUCGUCAAGAACAUCGUCAAAUAUUCUGACAUUAUUUCAGGCCCAUGUUGCCCUAUGUUUCACCACAGCUUUGCACAUGGUGCAUUCAGCAGUUCAGCCCUGUGUUAGUGCAGAACGUCAGGAAAUUAGCAUGCACAGAUUUUAGCAGUAAUUAUUUUGAGACGUUGGUGUUGCACACGUCGGCAUCUUACUUAUACUUAUAUAUUAUAUAUACUUAUAUGCUUCAGCUGCCAAUAUCUAGUUUAACAGAGGAAUUUAAAUGUACCAAGGUCAGGACAGAGCUCUUGUUAUCUGGGAGUAAUGACGUGGUAGUUAGGGGUGUGGUUCCAAAUCCAACCAAGGGGAGGAAGUGGAACCCAAGAUCGACAGUUCAGGAGGCAGAGGCAGCUCUUAGGCAUGCAGAGAUUGUAGGUAAUGUUCAGUUUGGCCGGGGAGGCCUGGGGCUUGGCUUAAACCGGUAUGGAAUAAAGCAGGUCUCAGAGAUAAAAGAAAGCUGGUUGUAGAACAGAUACGUAGACAGGAGGAGAUAUUAAGGGGUGCAAAGGUAGUGGCCCAGGCUAAACAGGGACAGUGGUUGAAUUGGGAAAGUGUAGAGAAGAGGAAGCUUAGUUGGAGGGACCUGUGGAGUAUGGAGGAGAAUCGUAUUAGAUUCCUGGUAGGGGCUACAUACGAUGUGUUACCAACCCCCCAGAACCUAAAACUGUGGGUAAAGUUAGCUUGUGACAAGGCCGAUAUACAUGGCGACAUGACCAGGUGUUGAAAUGUUUAGCUGCAGGCAUCGAAGGGAAAUGAAGACAGGUGAAUUCAGAAGGUGUUAAGGAUAGGAGUUUAGUAAUUCAGUUUGUCUGCGAGGGAGAGAAAUACAGAAGGGAUAAGUUAGUGAGGAGGCAGGGGUGUGGCCGUCUAGAAGGUGCUUGUGAUUGGGAAAUGCAAGUAGAUUUAGGGGGAAAGCUUGUUGUUCCCCAGGAAAUAGUUUGUACCAGGCAGAGGCCUGACUUAGUGUUGUGGUCAGUGAGUCAACGGAUAGUUUAUUUCAUUGAGCUGACAGUUCCUUGGGAAGACUCAGUGGAAGAAGCCUAUGAAAGAAAAAAGCUUACAUAUGCAGACUUAGGAGCAGAAGCUGAGCAGCGAGGAUGGAAGACUAGGAUUUGUCCAGUGGAAGUGGGGUGUAGGGGAUUCAUAGCAAGAUCAGCUGUCUCGCUCCUGGGGGAACUAAAGAUCUAGUCUAGUCAGUCGAUUUGGAUGAGGAGAAAUAAUGUCAGUUGGGGGCCAGCAGGGGGAACUACUAAGCAGGGUACAUAACUCCUUGAGAUCAGGUGGAGAGAUCCACUUCCUUUCAGGAGAAAAUCCAGGAAGAGGAAGGUUAUUUAAGUGUGGUAGUGGUCUAUUUGAAUCCCUUUUGUUUGAGACCAUGCUGCAAGGUGAGUGUGCUUGCUGAUCCUGAGAGUUUAUUUAUCUCCUUUAACUUUAGCUUAUAUUGUAGUUAUGCUAUGUAGCGUGUGAAAGAGAGUAUGGUGACUGUGCUAGGAAAGGUAGUAUCAGCCCUGCUUCUACCUGGAGCUCGCAUGUACGGAGCCUGGGUUUCUUUGAAGGUGGCAGUGCUGUUUGGGCUGAGAAAGCCAUGUGUAAGUAAGGUAUAGGAGGUUACUGGGUUGGUGCAGGGAGCAGUGAGACCUAGCAUUACGGGAGUGUCUCUGGGACGCCAGAUCACCACCCAAUGACCCCAAAGACAUGUUAGUUAUCACUGCUGACUGGUCUGUAUAGUUAGGCCUUGCCAUAAUAGCUUAUCAUGGGGCUUAGGAGGUUAUUCACUAGGUGCUGAUCCUUUCUCUAGAGCACAAACUUCUUGUGUUUAUUUGAACUUUCUAAAGCAAAUUUACCAAAGAACUCUGUGUGUUCCUCUGAACAUACUGAAGUUAUGUUUUCUGUUUGGGAUCAGUCCGACCUGAAACUGGUUUUUAUUUUUCAGAAUUUUUAAUACUUACAGUGGAACUGUGUUCGCACACCUGUGGACCAUCAGUAUCACACAAUAACAUUAUCACUACGUCAUUACACAGAUUUAAACAGUGGACAGUGAUGUAGUGAUUUUUAGGUUGAAAGCUCUAAAGAAAGAGAGAAAGAGCUGAUUUUUAUUUAAUCAUCAUUUAACAUCAUAUCAGUAACUAUAUUUAAACAUGUAAUAGUGACUUUUGACACGUUUAAAUCAAUAUUUGAUAAGUCAAUUCAAAACCAUGUCAUUAAUCUCUGUAAGGACAAUUUCUGUUUAAGUUACAACUUUAUUUAACCUCUACGUUUGAAGCAAACUCAGCUUCCUUUUAACCCAAAAUGUCAUAUGACCUGCAAAUCAACAAAUCAGUGGUUGUCGUCAUCACAUGUACUUUACAGUGUUAUUCAUUAAAAAACAAGGGAGCUGUACACGAUAAAAUAAGACAUGAAAAUAGGGCUGAAUGCUUUUAUAAUGGAUGUGGCAUUUUCAACACAAUGUCGUGUUUUUUAGCAGGUCAGUCUCAGUGAGCGUUUAGUGUUUUUUUUUUAUAUAAUUUUCUAUUAGUUGGCACAGUUAAAAUUUGCUAUUUUAAUAUUUUCACAUUUGUAAUGAGAACAUUAAAUGUCAGUUGUAAAUUAUUAUUUAACUUUUGAAUGAAAUUCAGAAAUAGAUGUUUGCUCUUUAAAUUUUAUUGAAAAUGACACAUCCAUUCAUAACAUGAAUUGCCUUUCAGUGCACACAGACUGCGUGUGCGUCCCCUGUUUCCACCUGCACAUACUAUGUUUGUGUCUUUCUUAUAGUAGGAAGAGCAAGUUCACAAGUUAAUUAUAACUUCACAUUAUUAUCAAGCUUAUUCAUAUAAUACAGUUAAAAUGUAUUAAUUCAGACACAUAGAAGCUAAUGUUCCUAAUGCUAACUGUCCUGUUAUUGUUGUAUGAAGUCUGCAGCGUUAACGUAGAAUCAUGAAUGUCAACAGUUUAAACACAUUUAUAGCCAAUGAUGCAUGAAGUUUCAUUUUAAAAUGAGAUUUACUUGAAACUGAUGAAAUAAUUACUUAAAUGAAUAAAAACAUGUGAAGUCAUGUUGAGAUUUUCUCUCUCACGAAAUCAUGACAUUCAAGACAAAAUCAUUAAAUUAUAAAUCAACUCUUCAUCCAUAAAUUGGAUAUUUCUGAUUUUAGAGUCAACAUCUUCAAAGAAAUGUCUUUGCUGUGUGCGAGCCAUAUUUUAAAUAGUUUUCGUGUUGUGUAAAUACGUUGUAAAUAUGUAAACUACCAUUCCAGAUGGUGUUUUAUUGUAAAUAAAUAAAGUUUUUAAACAUG